AUGGCAGCACCACAUAGUGACAUCUGCUGCUAUGAUGCCCAGAGGAAAAAACUGCUUUCUCAUUUUGCUGGGUCGGACGGGCCUGACGCUCCGCUUCUCUCCCCGCAGCGCCUGAAGGAGGCCGCCGUGGUCCUUGGGGGCGGCGGCCUGAUCUUCGCCGCGCACCUGGUGGCGAGGGGCGACGAGCGCUUCUACCGCCGGUGGCUGAUGCCGAGCCUGCAGCGCGUGGUGGGGCCCGAGACCGCCCACCGGCUGGCGGUGCGCCUGCUUGCCUUGGGCGUCGUGCCCCGGCCCGGCCCGGCCGACUCGGAGAUCUUGGAAGUCCGGGCUUUUGGGCGGCGAUUUCGGAACCCGCUGGGGCUGGCCGCUGGAUUUGAUAAGCACGGGGAGGCGGUGGACGGCCUCUUCAAGAUGGGCUUCGGCUUUGUGGAGGUGGGGAGCGUUACGCCGGAGCCCCAGGAAGGCAACGCCAAGCCGCGGGUCUUCCGGCUGCCCGAAGACCAAGCGAUCAUUAACAGGUACGGGUUCAAUAGCCAGGGCCACACCGUGGUGGAGCGCAGACUCCGAGCCCGAGAAGUCGCCCAGCGCCGGCUCAGCAAAGCCGGGAUGCCCCUUGGAAUAAAUCUGGGCAAGAACAAGUGUUCUGUGGAUGCAGCUGCUGACUACGUUGCAGGCGUUCGUGUUUUGGGUCCGCUGGCUGAUUACGUGGUGGUGAAUGUUUCCAGCCCAAACACGCCAGGAUUGCGGGCUCUGCAGGGCAGAGCAGACUUGCACCUCCUACUUACAAAGGUUCUUGCUGAGCGGGAUUCCCUCCCAGGUAAGCACAAACCGGCUGUGCUGGUGAAGAUUGCACCAGACCUGACAAGCCAAGAGAAACGGGACAUUGCCAGGAUUGUGAGUGAGCUGGGCAUUGAUGGACUGGUGGUAACUAACACUACCGUGAGCCGUCCUGAGACCCUUCGUGGGGCUUCUUGCAAUGAAGUGGGAGGGCUAAGUGGGGCUCCCUUACGACAGCUCUCCACCCAGAUGGUCAGCGAUAUGUAUUCUCUCACCCAAGGGCGCAUACCAAUCAUUGGAGUGGGUGGAAUCUGCACUGGCCAGGAUGCCUUGGAGAAAAUACGGGCAGGUGCCUCCUUGGUCCAGAUGUAUACAGCGCUCACAUACCAUGGACCACCUGUGGUGGGUACCAUAAAGCAGGAGAACUGGUACCAGGGUGCAGCCAGGGUGAAAUGCUACGGUUCGGACCAGCUCGCCCGAGCCGUUAGCGAUGGCGGCUGGUGGUUCGAGAACCAGUAG